AUGGCUGACGAAAUCUCCAAGAACUUCGAGACGCUGCAAUUGCACGCCGGUCAAUCGCCCGACCCCGCGACGAAUGCCCGCGCUGUGCCCAUCUAUGCCACUACCUCGUUUACCUUCAAUGACUCUGCCCAUGGCGCGAGGCUCUUCGGCCUCAAGGAGUUCGGCAAUAUCUACAGCCGCAUUAUGAACCCCACGGUUGACGUCUUCGAGAAGCGAAUCGCUGCCCUCGAGGGAGGCGUGGCUGCUCUAGCUGCGUCAUCUGGCCAGGCCGCUCAGUUUAUGGCCAUUGCGACCCUUGCUCAGGUGGGAGAUAACAUUGUCUCUACGUCGAAUCUGUAUGGAGGCACAUACAAUCAGCUCAAGGUUACGCUCCCGCGUCUAGGUAUCAAGACCAAGUUCGUAAACGGAGAUAAGCCAGAGGACUUCAAAGCGGCCAUCGAUGACAACACCAAGGCUGUGUACCUGGAGAGCAUCGGCAACCCGAAAUACAACGUCCCAGACUUCGAGAAGAUUGCCGAGAUUGCGCACGAGGCCGGCGUUCCAGUCAUAGUAGAUAACACCUUCGGUGCCGGUGGCUACUUCAUCCGCCCGAUCGACCACGGCGCGGAUAUCGUCGUUCACUCUGCUACUAAGUGGAUAGGAGGCCAUGGUACAACAAUCGGCGGUGUGAUCGUCGACAGCGGCAAGUUUGACUGGGGAAAGCAUUCGAAGCGCUUCCCACAGUUCAAUGAGCCAUCCGAAGGCUACCACGGCCUCAAGUUCUGGGAUACGUUCGGCCCGAUUACUUUCAUCAUCCGCGCGCGUGUCGAGCUUCUGCGAGACGUAGGGGCGUGCAUGAGCCCGUUCGCUGCACAGCAACUGCUCCUUGGUAUCGAGACUCUCAGCCUGAGGGCGGAGCGCCAUGCUUACAACACGCUCAAGCUAGCUAAGUGGCUGGAGAGCAACCCUAACGUGAGCUGGGUUUCAUAUCCUGGUUUGGAAAGCCACCCCUCGCAUGAGCUAGCAAAGAAGUACCUCAAGCGCGGCUUUGGCGGCGUCCUGUCGUUUGGUGUCAAGGGCGGUGGUGCUGCGGGAAGCCAGGUAGUCGACAACUUCAAGCUCAUCUCGAAUCUGGCGAAUGUCGGUGACUCCAAGACUCUUGCUAUCCAUCCCUGGACUACUACCCACGAGCAGCUCAGCGAAGAGGAGAGGAUUAGCUCUGGGGUGACAGAGGACCUCAUUCGAAUCUCUGUCGGCACCGAACAUAUCGACGACAUCAUCGCAGACUUCGAGCAGUCGUUCGAGAAGUCGGCCACCAAGCCAGAGGAGAAGGGUGAGGCUGCCAACGCUGUGAAGACCGGGGAGACUGCCGGUUCAUUGUCUGGCUCUGUGUAG